UAUUCAAUACACAAAUACACAAAUACACAAAUACACAUAACACAUCUUUAGACAUAAGAAGAAAAAAAACGAAAAAGCACAACUCAUCAUGAGCAUUUUGAAAGGAACAAAAAGGUUCAUGCUCGUGGCGAUGUUCAUAGCAUUUGUUGGUAUAAGUAACCUAGACGUAGCAGCUGCGAAAGUGAUUGGCUAUCCAGCGAUAGGACGUGGCGAUCGCCCACCAGGAUGUGAUCAUGGCAAAUGUCCACCCGAUCAACCGGCGAAUCCGUACCAACGAGGAUGUGAUAAGUCACAUAGAUGUCGUGGUCCACCUUCACCUCCACCAGUUCCUAAAAACUAUAUAGAGAAAGAGAAAAAAGAACAUGGUCAAUUUAUAAUAAUGUAACCAUGCUCUAUGAAUUAAAAGAAAGCUAUUCUAGAUCUAUUCCCAUUAUAUUUUACAAGUGAAUACAUAAUUUGUAUUGAUGUAUUCUCUAUGUCUUUAUUUCAUAUAUUAUA